AUGGCUUCCGGUUUCGACGAGGAGGAGCUCCAUAUCAGCCUCUCGCCAUCCCAGAUCCGUCGUCGCUCUCAGCAGCACGGUGCUGCCGCUGCCGAUGCUGCUGCCGCCGCCGGUCAUCACGAACUACGACCGCCUUUGCCCGACGCCGCCAUCAAAGCCGCCAACAUGGGACCUCCCGUCGACACCACCGCCCCGCUGCGGGACAAGAUCAAGACGGAGCAGCGCAUCGGUGCAUACAAGAUCAUCAAGACCCUGGGCGAAGGCUCCUUUGGAAAGGUGAAGCUGGCCAUACACAACGGCACCGGCCAACAGGUCGCCCUCAAGAUCAUCGCUAGGAAGAAGCUCAUUAGUCGCGACAUGGCCGGCCGAGUGGAGCGCGAAAUCGAAUACCUACAGCUUUUGCGACAUCCUCACAUCAUCAAGCUGUACACUGUAAUCAAGACGCCCAACGAGAUCAUCAUGGUCCUUGAGUAUGCCGGCGUUAUCGGUGGGAAACUAUACGCCGGCCCCGAGGUAGAUGUCUGGAGUUGUGGCGUGAUUCUCUACGUUCUGCUAGUCGGUAGACUGCCCUUCGAUGACGAACAUAUCCCCAGUCUAUUCGCAAAGAUUGCGCGCGGAACGUAUAGCAUUCCACAAUGGAUGAACUCUGGCGCCGCGACGCUCAUCAAGAAGAUGCUGGUUGUGAACCCGGUACAGCGUGCCACGAUUGACGACAUCAGACAGGACCCCUGGUUCAUGAUAGACCUGCCAGCCUACUUAGCCCCGCCGGUCGAGGAGUUCUUUAACACAGGUGUGGAUCCUAACAAGGCCAUCCAGAAGAGCGACAUCGCUCCCAACGCUCCCCCAAGAGUCCAGGAGAAGCUACACAACGAGGUCACGGAGAAGAUCAGUAAGACCAUGGGUUAUGGAAAGAAAGAUGUUGAGGAGGCCCUGCAGGCUGCAGAACCGUCCGCUAUCAAGGAUGCAUACAUGAUUGUCCGCGAGAACAAACUUAUGCAAGUGAAUGAGGCCAUGUCAUCACUCUCAGUCGAUCAAGAUGGAUCGAGCAGCCCUUUACCGAGUGCUUCAUCAGCCAGAUCGGGCGGUUCUACCGUGGGCGGACAGCGUCCUUACAUCAGCAAGAUCGGUAUCCUGCCGAGCAGUCUGCCAGCCUAUCACAAGGAAUAUGUAGAGCGUGAAAAGGGAGGCUUCGAAGACCAUCCGACGCCUACUAUCGUGGUCGAUGAACCAGGGCUCUCAGCCCGUACAGACGCCGAAAGGGAAGAGACAGCCCGGCAUUUGAAGCCUCACUCGAGGAGCAGCCAAGUCCGCCUCGACGACUCGGCCAAACGACCUCAGGGUAUGACCCCUGUUGUGCAAGCCAAGAAGACGAAACCCGUGAGAUGGCAGUUCGGCAUUCGCUCUCGCAAUGCACCGUGGGAAGCCUUGCUGUGUAUACACAAAGCGUUGAACAAGCUGGGCGCGACCUACGUGCCAGACGAAGAUUAUGAGAAAGUUCAUGGGACGGAGAUGGAUCAGCCCAGCAACGAAGGUAGCUUUGUCGACGACUAUGCAUCUCAGGGGGGCAACGACUCAACUAGUAGUAUAGAUCCGCUCAAGCGAUACAAACUGCCUGCCGACCCGUGGCAUAUCAAGGUCCGCUGGGAGACACAGACGCUGCGGAAGAGGUCGGAGACUCCCACGGAGGGAAGCAAGACCCCUGAUAGUUACCAUGUCGUCGGCGACGAUGAAGUCAAGCGCGACUUUGUUGCCUUGCAUAUGGACAUCCAGAUAUACGAGAUGGAGCACGGCGUUUACCUAGUGGACUUCAAAUGCUCUGGCUAUGAGACGGCCGACAGGAGAUUGCUGGAGGAGAAGGAUGUCACAAGUCCUUUCCCGUUCCUGGACAUGGCCGCCCGGUUGAUAAUGCAACUAGCCGAAGCGGACUGA